AUGGAAGAGAGAAAGGCGACGAGCGGCUGGAUACGAGAGGCGAUCGAAGACCUUCUCUUGAUUGAACUGCGAGACAGGCUUCUCCUCGAGAGCGAGCACGCGUUCGCCUCGGCAGAAGACGAACCCGACCCAAAAUACACGGCGGAAGAAGAAAGAGAGGACCCACCGCCUGCAGGUCGAGCAGAAGCAGGCAGACACGAAGCAGACGCUGAGGCAAACCCAAGAGGAGGGGGAGGAAGAGAAGGAGGAGGAGGCAGAGAUGCGACGGUCCAGUGCGACGGAGAGCGAGGAAGGAAGGAAGGAAGGCAUCUCUCUUCUCCUCUGGCCUGCCGGAGCGCCGCGCCGACAAGGACCUUACUCGAACCUCGACUGAGUCUCUUGCCUGUCUCUUCGCAUGCAGAGAAAAACGCCUCCGACCCCUCCUCUGGUAGCUCGUGUCCUUCGUGUCCUUCUUCCUCGGCUCCUCUGAGGGCUUCCUCUUUGGUGUCCCUCGCCUCCGUCGCGUCCGUCUCACCGCCCUCCUCAGCUCCUCCCGCGUCUGCGGACUCCGCCACGCGGCGCCCGCUUUCUGUCUCUCCUGGCGCUCCCCGCGCGUCGUCCGCUGACUUCCGAGCCUCUUCGGCGGCGGCGUCCUCGUCUCCUCCCCUGAGUUCGUUGACCGCCGUCCCUUCUUCGUACGCUGAGGCGCCUGUUCCUGCGCCUCCUGCGUUCUCGUCUCGCGCUUCACCUUUCUGCGCCGCCUCCUCGGCUGUCUCGUUCUACUCUCCCUUUGGCUUCGCGUCGUCUGCUCCCUCUGCUUCUUCGUCGGCUCUGAGUCUGUCGCGCUCGCGCGUCCGCGCGUUUCCAGCAACUUCUUUUUCUGUCCAGUCUCGACCCACGGAAUUCCUGCCGUGUCGCCUCUUGGAGGUUUGCAGACACGAGUUACGUCCCGACAUUCUUCUGCUUCUCCUCUCUGACGGGGCGUCCACGGCUCUCGCAGCUCUCAAGCCCCCGUCUUCUCGCGCCUCGGUCUCUGGUGCGCCCUCUCCACCUUCUGCGUCUGCUUGUGUCGCCACUUCGCGCCCCUCACGGGGCUGCGCGUCCCCGUCGCCGCCUCCGCGCGCGGCUCCGUCUCCUGCUGAGUCUCCGUGGCCGCUGGGCUCCAGUUCUUCGGCAUGUGAAGCCGCCCCGACUCAGACUCCGACUCAGACUCCGACUCCUACUCCGACCCCGCCCGCGCGCACCGGGAAGUCUUGCCGGACGCGUCGGAGCGUCGGGCGUCGUCGCUACCGCGAAGCUCGGCUUCCUUUGCGAGCGCCGCCGUGGCGCUCCGUGGGAGAAGGUGCAGCUGCGGGGGGCGCGGAGGACGUGAGACGGGCCGGACGCCACGGAGGAGGCGCCGGCAGCGCGGGCGUCACAGGCGAUAAAGAGAGGAAAGCGAGACGACUCGGAGAGGAGGCCACGGGCUGCGCGCUCCGAUCAGAGUCUGCCGCAAGACCUGGCGGAGAGGCCCGUGCAGGCACAACGGAGGGAAGAGAGAACGCUAGAGAGAGGAGCUGCAGGAACGAAGAAGGGAACAGCGCAUCUUCCGGCGUCCUCCUGGAGCGCUCGAGCCGCCAUAAGGCGCAGAAGAAAGGCGAAGCGGGAAGAAGGAAAACGAGGGCUCAGGAGACCGAAGACCUCUGGUCGUGGCUAAUCGCGAGAAACUGGAAGGGCACUGGGGCUCCGUGGGACUUCUACUCAUCCGAGGACAUCGACGAUCUGUUUGCCGAGCUGAGAAACUUGAGAUCGGGCUACUUUGAAGUCCUUCUGGCUCCACGGAUCGCGCGCGGGCUGUCCUCUUCCCUUCCCUGUCUCCUCCUCACAGCCAUCUACCCUCUUGUCUCCACGCCGCUGCCGCAACAGAGCCUCGCCCUGUCGCUUCCGCCGCCUCUUGGGCCUUCGCCUCCGCUCGGCGCAGCGAGAAGUUCGCUUCGUAUGUCUGCCGGGACGCCAGCGAUUAAACCGACGACUCUUUCAGGCUCUCUCGCCCACGCUGGGGGUUUCUCACUCCACGCCCCGAGAAGCCAGCUGCGGCCCUGCUCCUCGUUUCGGUCGGCUUCGUCCGCGUCGCCUGGAGUUCCAAGCGCCGUCUCCUCGAGCCCGGCUCGCGUUACUGCUGUCUCCUCUCUUCGGGCGGCGUCCGCUGUCCGGCCUGUCGCAGCCCCAGCCGCCGCGGCUCGGUUCGGCGCGCCUUCGUCCCUUCCAACGCGGCAGGAGCCCGAGUCUGGCGGCGCUCCUUCUCUUGGUCCUCCUUCUUCCUCUCCGACAGCGGUGUCGCGCGCCACGGCGCCUCGUGGUUUUUUGCCGUGGUCGUCUUCUCCUUCCUCUUUCUCCUCUGCGGUUCCUCCGUCUGGCUCCUCUCCCCUCCCUGAGUCUUCUUCCACCUCUCGCGCUGCCUGUGGAUUUUCAUCGUCGCUCUCCUCUGAUUGUUCGCCGAGCCCCUCGUUUGCUUCUUCCAGGCGUGAAGACGCGCUGCGCCAGGGUUGCGCGCGAGGCCGCGCCACAGAGGCACAGACGAGCGUCAGCGGAAAAGAACGGGAGCUGGCGGCUUGGCGAAGCGAGCAUGUAGGACACAGCGCCCGGGCAACCGAGGGGGGUGGCAGCGGAGAAGAGAAGGAUGAGGCACUGCGAGACGGGGCUGGCGGCGAAGCCGCGCGAAGCGUCCUCUGCCAAGAUGCGCGCAGCAUGAACCUCCGCGAAAAUGGGGAAGGAGACGCGGAGUUGCCAAGUGUAGCGACGACGAAACAAAGCGACGGCAAAAACCGCGAAGCCGGCAGUGCCUCGAACCUCGACCUGCUCCGAGGAGCGGACUCGGCGCGUGCCGCAGCUGCCGCAAGCGGAGAGGAAGGCAGUCCGCCGAGUGCCUAUGACAGCCUCUCUGCGGGUUCUAGCAGAAAUGCCGCGGAGGACGCUCCAGCCGAAGCGCGGGCGUCCCAGGAAGAAGCACGCGGCUUCAAAGGAGCAGGGCGAGCGGAAGGCGAAGCGUGCGAAGCGCGAGCCAAAGGAAGCUGCAGCGAGGAAAGAGGCCCUCCUGAUGGACAGGUUCAAGAGAACGAGCGCGGCGAACCCGGCCGUGUGUCAGGCCCUUCAGUUGGGGAGGGCACGGUAGCUCGAGGGCGCGGAGACGAACACGACGCAUCUCAGCUUGGCUCGGACGUCUCCUUGCCAUCCGCGGCAACGCAGGCUCUCUCGCUCUGGGGUUCUGCGGGAUCUCUUUCUUCCCGCAGCAACGCGUCUGGGGACACGCAGGUGACGGUGCCUCUCGAGGCGAGCCUGACGUCUCAGAGGUCGUCCGCCUCUCAGCCGCCGCCUUCUGUUUCGUCGUCUUCUGGGCCGCCCGAUCACACGCAGUCUCCCUUGGCCGUUCUUUCGCAGGCGUCCUCAGCCUCCGCCUCCUCUGUGUCUCCGUCCGCCGCCUCUGCCUCGCGCGCCUCCUCUUCCUCUGCGAGUUCGUCUCCGCGCCCGUCGCCGUCCCCCGCGGAAGAGGCCACAAGGUCUGCCUCGUCUGCCGAGCCUCUUCGGCGGGUCGACCGAGGAGGUCUAGCCCCCUCGGGUGCCUCUGGUAAAAGGCGCCUCCCGCCCAGUACCGUGCCUCGCACGGAAGAGAAACGCAGAAAGACAACUUCCGCGGCGCCGAUCUACGUGGACGACGAGCCGGAAGAAAUCGCUAUCUCCGACGACGAUGAUGAUGAAUCAGCGAAGCGGGCGUCUGCGCCUGUGCCGCCCGAGCACUCCACGGGUCCCUCGGCGAUUUUCGAGGCCGAACAGAGAAACGAGAAGCCUCCGGGUGGCACAUUCUCGCCCCAGGCUCUCUUCCAGACCCUCCGAAACGCAAAUGGAGGAAUUAUUGACAUGGAAGUGCUGCGGAAAUUCAGGAAUGAAGCGGCAACAAAGUCGCCAGUGCUGCGGCAGAUGAAGGAGGCCAACGCGAAGCUGGCGGCUGCUGUCGAGCUGAUCAAGCGGCGACGCCAGAGAGGAACGCCGAAAGCGCUUCCGCAUCGAAACGAAUAG